UCGCGGAUGGGAUCGGUCACGUGAGCUCCCCGGCAGGAGAAGCAAGAGGAGCAAGAUGGCAUCUGAGGCGAAGUUUCAUCCAAGCGGUAUGGGAAGCGUCCUGAGGCAGCCGAACAGCCGGCCUUUUAAGAAGCGAGGAGGGCGGUAGGAAGUAGGGAGUUGCCAUUUAUUAAAGCUCCAGCACCCUCCCUGUGGCAGGGAAGGCCAAAGGCCUUGAGAAACUACAACUCCCAGGAUUCUAUCGCAUGGAGUCGCAGAGACUAGAGGUGUCGAACUGCAUCAAUUCCACGGUGUAGGCCUGGCCCGCGUUGUUGUGUGACUUCAAGAGCACCAGCACCUACGCUACAACCCACUGCGCGAUGACUGGGUGCUGGUCUCCGCUCAUCGCAUGCGGCGGCCCUGGCAAGGGCAAGUGGAGGAGCCGACCCAGGAUGACGUCCCCCGUCAUGACCCGGCCAACCCCCUUUGCCCAGGGGCACAAAGGGCCAAUGGCAAGGUGAAUCCUGACUAUGAGAGUACGUUUGUGUUUGACAAUGACUUCCCCGCAUUGCAGCCAGAUGCCCCGGAGCCAGAUGCUGAUGGCCACCCCUUGCUCCGCGCUGCGUCUGCCCGAGGCGUGUGCAAAGUCAUGUGCUUCCACCCGUGGUCUGACCUGACGCUGCCCCUGAUGUCCCUGGCUGAGAUCCGCAAUGUCGUCGACAAGUGGACGGAGAUAGCGGUGGAGUUGGGUGCCUCUUACUCUUGGGUACAGAUCUUUGAGAACAAGGGGGCCAUGAUGGGCUGUUCCAACCCCCAUCCGCACUGCCAGAUCUGGGCCAGCAACUUUCUUCCCAACGAAGCCACCUUGGAAGACCGGACGCAGAAGCAAUACCUGGCCAAGCAUGGUGUUCCCAUGCUGCUGGAUUAUGCCCAGCUGGAGGCUGAGAGGAAGGUAAUGUCUGCUGGUGUGCAAAAAGAGCGGGGUUUGGAGUCACAGUGUUCUCAUUCUCUAUUUUGUUGGGGUCUUUUGCAGGAGAGGAUCGUGGUGGAGAAUACGGACUGGCUGGUGGUGGUCCCUUACUGGGCCACCUGGCCUUUCCAGACCCUCUUGCUCCCUCGGAGGCACAUUUCCCGGCUUCAGGACCUUCAGGAGAGCGAAAGGGACAGUCUGGCUUCCAUCAUGAAAAGGCUUCUCUCCAAAUACGACAAUCUCUUCCAGAUUUCCUUCCCCUACUCCAUGGGAUGGCAUGGUGCCCCGACCGGAUCGUACCUGGAUGCCGACUGCAGCCACUGGCAGCUCCAUGCGCAUUACUACCCGCCUUUGUUGCGUUCGGCCUCGGUGCGGAAGUUCAUGGUGGGCUACGAAAUGCUGGCUCAGGCCCAGAGGGACUUGACUCCAGAGCAGGCUGCUGAGCGCCUGAGGAAUGUGCCUGAAGAACAUUACCGUCUGAAAGAGAAGGAUGCUUCCUAGCACAAACCUUGGUGGGCUUCGGACUCUGAUUGUUGGACGACCGCUGCAGUUUGGACCAAGGAGGUUUCUGCAGCCUGGAUUCUCUUGCUAGCACUUUCUGGCUCUGGUCAACCGCAGCAGAUUGGAAUAAUUCUGCCUUGGGGUCCUAAUGACGUUUUGUGAGUCCCGGUGCUUCCUCUAGUGACAUAAGUCAUUUUCUACAUAUCACAAGGACGAAAUUAUUUAAUUCAAGGAAUUUUAUGUAAUUCAAGGAAUUGAAAUGAGGAGAAACGUUAUGCCCUAGGCCUGAUUUUAAUGCUCCCCAUCUUUCCUUAGCUGCAUUUCCCAGUGCUGGGGAGCUGGUGGGAUCGACCCAAACCUUUAUAUAGAAAGAGGUUGUGAUGGUAAGGUGUGUGUCAUCCGUUAUUCUUCCAUUUUUGCAGGGGAUAUGGGUUCAACUCUCCUACAAAAGUGGAAAAAACUGUGGUGAUUGGGAGAGUGGGGUGCUAAUGCUGUAGUCCUGGGGGGCAACCUAUCAUUGCUCCAGGGAGAAGAAGAGAAAGAAUGUGUUGUCAAAGGCUUUCAUGGCUGGGAUCACAGGGUUGUUGUAUGUUUUCUGGGCUGUAUGGCCAUGUUCUAGAAGUAUUCUCUCCUGAAAGAAUGUCUCCUGUGUGCCACUUCACUUACCACAUUUCAUUGUGUAAUAGUUGCAUUUUUGCUAGAAAAAUGGAGUGCGACUAUUACGUGAAGAAAAAUAAUCUGCCUUAGUUUUGCUAAAGAGCCUUGCAAGGAAAGCAGCCGAGCCUCUUGGGGAAAAGGCCACCAACCUUUUCGGACAAUUGGUCCAUGAGAAGAAGAAGUCUUCGUUCAUUCUCCCUGUUGACGAGGAUGAAACACUUGAGAGGAUUUUGGAAGCCCAGAAAGCGAGUGGCGAGUCCCACACAGAGUCAUGGGAAGGAAGUGGGCUUUGAGGCUGCUUGGCCACUGUUCUUUCUCAGCGGCCCAGUCCCCAUCCCUUCCUGGAGGCAAGAAAGAAAUGUGAGAAAUCUCUCCCCAAUGCAAGAAAGGCAAGAAACCAAUUUUUGCGACCUCAAAAGAAGGGUGUGACUGUUAUGUGGUGACAUGCGGCACUUCCAUUUUUGCUCUUCCUGCACACCAUGAACGUCUGUUUCAUCCAGUCAAAGGAAGAACGAUACCAUGGGGAACAGAAAUAUGCUGCAAACAGCCCCAUUCACACCUGCCUGCAAUGGCACUUGCCUUUUGUAUCUGGUUCUUUCUAUGACUUGCAUGUGUCUGUCAUUCCCGUCCCCCAAGGAUCUCCUUUCCUUGGCCAAGGCAAAACUGAAAUUUGCGGCAUACAAGAAGAGGUAGAUGAGCUUGAUCCCUAGGAUAAGGGAAAUGGAACAGAGGGCUAGCGACUCCUGUUUCUGUGCUGUAUUUAACUCUUGAAGAUUGGGCUAUUUACAUGGCAGACCCGACUUCAGGAAGCAAUGGCAUAAGCCUGCAAAUAAUACUGUCCAAUACACAUUUUGAUGCCCCAAAUGUUAGCCCCUGUUUCUGGGUAGAUUUGAUCUGCUGAUUCCAAAAAUGGCAUCGAUUUCCGUCACUCAGAUCUAGUUUUUGAGAUACAGAACAUAUGCCAGUUGCCAUCUUCUCAUCCAUGAGAAUCCCAUCUAAUAAACUAUAGCUGAUGCGCUCUAUUCAAUGCAAUUUUCUGAAUCAGUGUCCUAGGAACAAGCCUAAAAAUCAAGACAACAAGAAAAGUGUAGUUUUUGGUUGGGUUGUGUAAUCCAAACCAUUAGUAUGAAACCGCCCAAAAUGUGGCCUUGAUAAAGUAUUUUCUUUUUCUGCAGUCCUCCAAUGUGAAGAUAACAGCAGGUUUAGCCUCUGUUCUCUCUCGUCUACAGGGAUAUUUAACAAAGCUGCCAGAGAAGGGCGGAAGCUGCCAGGCUCAAUCAAAGGCAGAUUGGAGAGCGUUUCGGAGAUGCUUCCAAGAGUUCCUCUAGACCUCUGCACCAUCACCCUCUGACUCAGUUUCAUGCCACAGAACAAUGUCAUUGCCUCUGUUCAAAAGCCCCCCCCCCCAAAAAAAAAAAAAUAGGAAAGCAACAAGUGGUGAGUGUGAGUUUUAGAUUUUUAUCUCCCACUUCAGUCAGGUAAGCCAGUGGUUCCAUGCUAUUCUUCCUUUCUUAGGGUGCAUCAACAUUGUAGAACAAAUGCAGUUUCACUGCCAUGGCUCAAAGGCAUAGAUUCCUGGGAGUUGUAGUUUUAUAAGGUCUCUAUUUGAGUCUCUGCCAGAGUGUUGGUUUCCUCACCAUGCUCCAGCUGCCGGGAUUCUCUAUCUCUGAGAGAAAGUGGUGUCAAACUGCUUUUAUUAUACAAUGUAUAUGGACCCCUUUUCCAGUCUCCAACCACCCCAAUAGUAUGGCAUUGUAAAACAAAAAGGAAUAUGCAACUUAAAAAUAUAAAACUGCAUAUACAGAAUGACAUAUGAAGGAAAAAUAACAAUAAAAACAGCCUUAUAUUCAAAACUAUCUGCUAACUACAUCUAACAAACUACUUGUCAGUACAGUAGAGUCAUGCUUAUCCAACGUUCUUUAUUACCCAACGCAGUUUGCCUUUUAGUAGUCAAUGUUUUUGUAGUCAAUUUUUCAAUACAUUGCAAAGUUUUGGUGCUAAAUUCAUAAAUACAGUACAGUAGAGUCUCACUUAUCCAACAUAAACGGGCCGGCAGAACGUUGGAUAAGCGAAUAUGUUGGAUAAUAAGGAGGGAUUGAGGAAAAGCCUAUUAAACAUCAAAUUAGGUUAUGAUUUUACAAAUUAAGCAUCAAAACUUCAUGUUAUACAACAAAUUUGACAGAAAAAGUAGUUCAAUACGCAGUAAUGCUAUGUAGUAAUUACUGUAUUUACGAAUUUAGCACCAAAAUAUCAUGAUAUAUUGAAAACAUUGACUACAAAAAUGAGUUGGAUAAUCCAGAACGUUGGAUAAGUGAGACUCUACUGUAAUUCUUAGCAGGGGGUUGGACUAGCAGGGGGUUGGACUAGAUGGCCCAUGUGGUCUCUUCCAACUCUACUAUUCUAUGAUUCUAAUUAUUAAAUAAAGUUAUCAUGUAUUGAACUGCUUUUUCUGUCCAUUUGUUAUAAAACAUGUUUUGGUGCUUAAUUUGUAAAAUCAUAAUUAAUUUGAUGUUUAAUAGUCUUUUCCUUAAUCCCUCCUUAUUAUCCAACAUUUUUGCUUAUCCAAUGUUCUGCCGACCCGUUUAUGUUGGAUAAGUGAGACUCUACUGUACUACAACGUUAUAUGAACAAACUAAAAUAGAAGUAUCUAUAACUUCCAAUGAGCCUGGUUAUGAUUUUAAUUAUUAAGUAGUUCUUCUACUUUAAAGGAGGGGAAGGCAUAUAAAUUUCAAUCAUGUUACUGACUUUUAAAUGCUGGGUCAAAGCAGUUCCCGAGCGGAGCAGAAAUUAUUCAUAAGUGAAGACAAAGCAGACAAGAACAAUUAUAUUUUUUUCCUAGUGUGGAAUAUGUGCCCUUUCAGAGGUCUCUUUAUUUUUGGAAUGUAAAAGGGUUUCCUGUUUCCGAAAUAGAACAGAGUUAAGCAAACCCUUUUGGGGAGGAUCGUUUUGGAGCUUGGGCUCUCGGCGCUCUUUUCCUCUUGUUUGUUUGUCCCCUGGUCCAAAUCUUAAUUAAAAACAAAGACAAUCUG